AUAUGAGGUAUUCACGUGGUCAAAAGCCCGGAUAACAUGGCUGUUAUAUCGUCUUAUUGCUUGGUUUUGACUGCAAAAACAGUGUGCCUCGUAUGGUUCUACUAUGUGUUCUCUGUAAGCAUAACGUUUUACAACAAAUGGUACUCAAAGAACUACAGAAUUCCUCUGAUGAUGACAACUGUGCAUUUUAUUGUUAAGUUUGUAAUAGCUUGGCUUAUGCGAGCGUGGUGCAAGUGUUUUCGGAGUUCUGAGGUCGUCUUUCUUCCUUGGAGCGUUUACGUUUACAGAGUUGUGCCAGCAGCCGCCGCUACUGCGCUAGACGUUGCCUUCUCGAAUUGGGGCAUGGAAUACAUCACAGUUGCUCUAUACACGAUGACCAAAUCAACUGCCAUCAUAUUCGUUUUGCUUUUUGGGAUGGCAUUCAAACUAGAAAAACCGAAAUUAUCUCAGAUACUAAUAAUUAUGCUUAUUGCCGGAGGUCUUUUCCUGUUUAAAUUCCAGUCGACCGAUUUUAACACUAUGGGAUUUGCUUUGGUAUUAUGUGCAUCAGUCAUAGCAGGCAUCAGAGUCACAUUAGCCCAAAUCUUGACACAGAAUGAGGCCAUAGGUCUCUCUAAUCCUGUUGAUUUAAUAUACCACCUCCAACCUUUCAUGAUUAUAGUGACAAUUGCAUUCUCUUCACAAGUGGAAGGCACGAGAUUUGCUUUAUCAAGACAGUUCUUUGGUGCAGCUUUACCCAUGGAUAGUGCAGUACCCUUGCUGACUAUGCUUUGUGGAGCAUUUUUGGCAUUCGGAUUGGCAUUCUCUGAGUAUCUCUUGCUGUUCCAUACAUCAGGCCUUACCUUUGCUGUUGCAGCUGUUUUUAAGGAAGUCAUUGUGAUGGGUGCCGAUCCAUUCUUUGAGGGAACUGUGUAUACAACCCUUAAUAUUGUUGGCAUUGUAAUAUGUAUCUUGGGUAUCUCCACACACGCGAUCACUAAAGCAAUGCGAGUCGAAGCUGAUCGCAGUAAUCAACCAAGUGAAAUCCGCAAACGGUGGGAGAAUAAGACGGUUAAGCAAAGACGCAAGUUGAGAAACAAGAACCACCCAGAAUUGAUGGAAAUGUUGAACAUGAAUCAUAGUCAAGAUGACGAUGAUGAAGUGGUCGUGUUCUCAUCACUUCAUAACAGAACUAGAACCUCUUAAGGCAUCAUAGCCACAAUCUGGCAA